CGGGUCCCCCUGUUCCUCUAUCGACGCGCUACGGUACCGGUCUCCUGAUGGGUGAGAAUGUGGGGGGCUGUGCCCCGCUGGUCGCUGGGCCCGAGGGUCACGGUGUUGUGGUGGUGUAGUGUAGGACUGGGACUGGGAUGGGAUACUCGUCCAGGGGCCCUGGGCCCCCGUGGGGACUCCUACUCCUUCUUCUCCUCUCCUUCUUCGGAGGUGUCGUCUCUGAAGAGAAUAAACAAUAUCACAUGCAGUCCCUCUGCAAGAACCACUUCCUGCAGCAACUCUACAGAAAGAUCGAAGGAGCGGUGCUGCGGUCCCAGAACGAGAAGAGUCUGGACUGCGUUGUCACAUUCCAGACGCACUCUAUCCUGCAGCGGUUCAUGCUCAGGUUCGACAUGCUCCACCUGGACUGCAACGACCAUCUCUUCAUCUACGACGGCGCUCACCCCGUCGGCGCAUAUAAGGCGGACCUGAACUGCCGGAACACUAAACAGGCGGUCGGAGCGAUCUUCACCCGGACCAACUUCGUGACUCUCAAGUACGUGACUGACGGCUGGGGCACCGAGAGCAACGGCUUCACUCUGGUCAUCACCGCCGUCAAGGACCCUAAACAUUCGUGUCAGGACUUCAAGUGCACUCAGCGGGAGUUCUGCAUCGCCACGGAUCUGGUCUGUGACGGCAUCAACCAUUGUGCUGACGGCUCAGACGAGGCCAUCAGCAACACAUGCUCCAAAGCCAACGGCAGCACAGUGUUCGGCAUGAGCAUGACGCUGUUCGUAGUGAUCGCAGUGAGCAGUCUGCUGGUGCUAUGUGCCUGUGUGGUAGCUCUGUCCGUGUGCAUCUGUAGACGUCAGGCCAGUUCACACGGCCAUCCACAACAAAACUACAACGCCAAUAUGCCACUACAACAAACGCAAGGGUGCCACGGGAACGGUACGGGCGCCACGACUAUCGUCAGUAAGCUCCCGGGAAACUGGCUUCACCCUGCGGGCCUACAGCUCGGGUACAGCGAGGCCCGGGUCCGCCUCUACUGCCGGGCAAAGUGAGGAGUUCCGGCUCUGACAGCGACAUCUCCUCCAGCCAAAAAGACGAAUGGUUCGUGUAGAGGCUGACCUGGUCCGUGCCUGCAGGGUGAAGACCGCGUGGAGGUACCCCGCCACGCGGCGCAGUGGUGCUCGGAUGCCACGAGUGACAGUGAAGUGACGUGGACACUACAACUUGUAUACGUGUGACAUUGACCGUCUAGGAUUAGUGUCUUGUGGGGCUAGUUGCCCUUGUGUAGACCUAGUCAAUUACGUGCGAGUAUUCUCACUCCUACUUACGACAAUAGCUCUUAUACAGGAUUUUUUCUAAGGACUUUCAGUAGGUCUAAUUGUGUAAAUCGUUCUGUGCUCCAGAAAAGUUUUGGUUUCAAAACUCUAAAAGAGGAUAUAUCGUUGUUUGUCACGUUCAAACUCCCCCUCCCCCACCUACAUAUCACCUGGACCAACCACCCCUCACAUAUCCCUUCAUUGUUAAAUACACACGUCGACGUCCUAUAUUUUGUAAGCUAUGUAUAAAAAUCAGUUUGAUUGUGUUAGAUGCUGCCGGCGACCCGGUCGCAAUACGUAUGUACACUUAAGCUACACUCAAACAAGCUACAAUUCUUUUUUAUGGGUUUUUAUUCUGUUACACAAAAAUGUUCUAGGAGGAUGUGUCUCUGUUCUGUUGCUUUUCAGCCUGUGUCUGUAGGCAGAUUCUGCAUUGUACAUUAAUUGGCGUGUACAAGUACAUUAAUUAAAUGAAUACAAAUAAAUAUUAAGGUUGUACAAAUGUGA